CUUUAACCAGAGCCAUGCCUUCUUUGUGAUGGAAUUAGCCCUUGGAAGAAGCCUUGAAGAUGAAAUCAGAGACUGGAGAAGAUUUGAGAUGCCCAGAGUAGUGUUCCACGCAGCAGAGAUCAUUUGCGGACUGCAGUUUCUUCAUUCAAAAGGAAUUAUUCAUCGAGAUCUCAAACCAGGCAACAUUCUUCUGGACAAACAAGGUCAUGUCAAAAUCGCUGAUUUUGGACUUGCAGUGGACGACAUCUUCGGAGACCAAACCAUCGUUGGAUAUGCAGGGACGCCUGGAUACAUGGCCCCAGAGAUCCUGCUGAAGAAGGAAUACAAUGCCGGGGUGGACUGGUGGUCCACUGGAAUUGUCAUCAGUGAAAUGGCCAUCGGCAGAUCCCCAUUUUACAGUGGCAAUGAUAAGAAGAAGAUUUGGCAUUCCACCAUCCGUGAUAAGCUUGAACUCCCAGACUGGCUGAGCGCAGAAAUGUCAGAUCUCAUUCGAAAGGUGAGUAUAAUCAGUUGUAUAGAGGAACUGUGA